UAAACGUAUAAAGUAUGAAAAUAAGUGCAUUAUUGUAUGUAUAUAGACAGACACCUCUCCCCUCUCCUUUCUAUUCAUUACAACAAACAAACAAAGAAAAGUUCAAAAUAGCGAAGAUGUUUAGUUUUUCAGAUAAUGAUAAUAGAGGUGUUAUACUGGAAAGAGCUCAUUGUAUUGCUUCUUUUUGGCAAAAAAAGACUUAUCAUCGUUUGAAACUUCAUGCUUGUGAUUAUUAUAAGUCGUCUCGUCGUAAAAUCCGUGUUGUUGACAUUGGUGCUUUGGAGAAAAUCAGAUCUGGGAAAGUUGAGGUUGUUCCUGGAAUAUUCAACAAGUUUUCAUGUGCUACUAUUACUGGCUUACGCUCUGACCCGAGUAGCAUGGGGCACGUGGAAUCCCGUGUGAAUCAGCAAGGGACACGCAAUGUUCCAUAUUGGCUAAAGGAAAGUGAAUUUUUGUGCAAGAAUGAUUACCCAAAAGCACAAUUUCCUAACAAUGGAAAAUGUAGAGUUGGAUUCGAAAAGAGAAGUCUGGCUGGUGCUUCUGCAUUCAUUAGGAAAGGACAAAACUCUGCUCAUACAAUUUCUUUUAAAUAUUAAACGCUGUUAUGGAGGUUGUAGUCAAAAACAUAUUUAACUUUAUUCUUCACUUUUGAAGGUUGAAAAAAGAAAGUUAUAAAUUCUUGUUUGUUUGUUGAAAAUUUAUCCACUCAUUUGACAUAUAAAUUGUGCUUUACACUUC